AGAUAAAUCGUUGUAUAGGGGACAAAUGCUUGAAUUGCGGAAAUCUUGGGAUAAAGAAAGAGUCAGCAUAAUAUUUAUCGUGUAUAGAGAGGGUAAAACCCGAAAAUGAUUUAAAAUGUAUUUAAGAGUAGCACCAGUGAAGUUCAGCUCAGUCAGUGAAGAGUUGUUACAACUGAACUUUGUAGAAAACCUAUACAUUAACGACAAUGAUACCUUUCGAACUUUUCCUAAUAGCAAGUUUUUUUUGCGUCUUACCGAAUGCUAGUGGUUACGUUCACUAUGGAAUAAAUUUGGAUCCUGAUGAUUCAAACUUGUUUUCUCAUGGCGAUUAUGACAGAGCAGAGGAGCAGGUGCAAGUUUUGCAUUCAUUCCGUCAUCCUAGCCCAGGAUCAGUCUCCAGUUCUCGUUCCAGAGCUAAAUCUGAACAUGAUGAUUCUUACUUGAGUCUGAAACUCCAUGCUUUUGGUGAAGAUAUAGCCGUAGAUUUGAAACGCGUAAGGGACGCCUUAGCUAACGCUUCGACGCCUGUUUGGCUUGCUCGCGGGUCAGACAAGGGCAACGUGACAUUCACCAGAGCCGCAAAAAAUACUCUAGGAAAAGCCGUUGAAUUAUAUCAAGAUCGACCUACUGAGUCAUCGGUCAUAGUCAUCGGAUAUGGCGACAGCAAUCUUUAUUUCGUCGGAGUGAUAUCCGGACUUCGUAUUCGAUAUCAACCGAUGACUGGGAAGACUACGCGAAGAAUCCGUCGACGAUCAACAAUCGAUGGUUAUACUGGUUCUAAUGUUCAUAUCGUUUCAAAGAUUUCCAGGCGAAAGAGGGAGGCUCAAAUAGCUGCCGCUUCUACCAUAAAUUCCCAAAUAAAACUAAAUGCUACCUCCUCGAAUACUUCAACUAUUUAUCCGGAAUUAUUCGUGGCAACUGAUUAUAAUAUUCCUUUUGAAUCAACAUCGAGUGAAGACUUCUACAAUCAUUUGAUAUACAUCUUGGCAUUUUUCAAUGGCGUUGAUCUCAUCUUUCAACAACUAUCUGACCCGGACAUUCGUCUGCACAUUGCUGGUAUUGUUGUCGGAGCUAAUCCUUCGGCAGCUCCAUAUUUACACAACAAUAAAAAUGCCUCUGGGGUCAUCAAUGCGACCGCAGCGCUGGCAGAAAUGGGAAAAUUCUAUGGGAACCUAAGUGAUAAGGAUUUUUCCGCUGGAUCCUAUGACAUUAUUGUAACACUGACUAACUCCUACAUUUGCGACGAGAGCGAAGAAGAAAUCUGCACUCCAAUAUUAGCUGGGGUAUCGAGCCUUGAACCCCUAUGCAAAAAUAAGCGUCCCGUUGUCGACGUAGCCGCCAUUCUUCAAGAUAAUCUGGCAUUCAGCGGUUUACGAAUGACCGCUCAUGAAUUGGGCCACAUACUGGGCGCUGAACAUGACGGCGAAAAAGAAGAGGAGACACAAGAUUGUCACGCGGCAGCCGGCUACUUGAUGUCAAAAUACGAUGAGUCCAGUACUGUCAGCCUUAAAUGGUCCAACUGCAGCUUAGAAGCCUUUAGAGAAUCACUAAAGAGCUCUUCUGCCGAAUGCUUGCGCAAUCCACCCAACUGGGGUAAGGAUGAAGAACCUCUACGUUCAAUUCUACCAAGCGACGUAGUUGGUCUUCAUUAUCAAUGUCAAGCGUUUGGUUACCGUCGAGCAUGUAUGGGUCCCCAGAAUUGCAAGGCUCUUACGUGCACCACUGACAUCUUCCCAUUUAGUCUUAACUGCGUAACAGUAAGUGUCCCAGCUGCCCAAGGCUCGACCUGCGGCUGUGGUUCCCACUGCAUCAAUGAAGAAUGCGUGAAAAAAUGAAUUCGGCUGAGGCGAUAUAGAGAAUAACAUAUCUAUGUUACUUUAGGUACCAAGAUGAUUUAAAAAUUAUUCACUCACUUUGAUUUUACUCUAAAUAUAAGCAAGCACCAAUACUUAAUCACGAUUUUUCACUUAGCACUUAGAAAGUAAUGGAUUUUUAAAAAAAUGAAUGUACUCAAAGAUUUUGAAUAAAUAUUUAUCCAGUGUGCAUACUCCCUGA